CGUGUGUGGUCUGACCUGUUCUUCAGCUUCUCAUCUUCAUCCAUCAGCAGCUGAUCGGAGUUUCAAGCACCGAUCAAAUCACAAUCCCUAUUCCUCCACAACCAUCAGAUUUCGUGACGUUCGCAGCUAGAAGAAAUGGCGGAAGGUUAUUCAUGCGACGAAGCCAUUGAAGGACUGAAGAAGCUUCUUAGACCUCUAGACUCGACAUAACCGACGUUUUUGUCCACACGCUUUAUGUGUGUGGGACCCCCACACGGCUAGUAGUGCUGCCCUCACCCCCGUUAACCAGCUGGCUCGUUCGGUUUUCAUGUUUCAUAUCGUCAUUAUUUUACGUCGUACUGUUUGGCGGUUUUGCAGUGAGAAUGGUGCCUUUGAAGCUGCCGCUGCCGUGAAGAUCAAGCAACUAACGGCCGAUUUGGAGGCGGCCUCUGCCAAAGAAGUUAACCCGGUCGAGAGGAUCAAGACCGGAUUCGCUCACUUUAAGACAGAGAAAUAUGAGAAGAACCCAGGUUUAUUCGAAGAGCUUGGGAAAGGCCAAACCCCCAAGUUCAUGGUAUUUGCGUGCUCGGAUUCACGGGUCUGUCCAUCACACAUCCUAGAUUUCCAGCCAGGAGAAGCCUUCAUGGUUCGAAACAUUGCUAGCAUGGUCCCCCCAUAUGACAAGACAAAAUACUCUGGAACUGGGGCAGCUAUUGAAUAUGCAGUAUUGCAUCUGAAGGUGGAGAAUAUUUUAGUAAUUGGACACAGUUGCUGUGGUGGUAUUAAAGGACUCAUGUCUAUCCCGGACGAUGGAACCACUCAUUCUGACUUCAUAGAGGAUUGGGUAAAAAUAUGUGCUACUGCUAGAAGCAAGGUGAAAACAGAAUGUGGCGAUUUGGAGUUUGCAGAACAAUGCAGCAAGUGUGAGAAGGAGGCUGUGAAUAUAUCUUUGGGAAACCUAUUGACUUACCCAUUCGUAAAAGAAGCAGUGUUGAAGAAAACACUUAGCAUAAAAGGAGGGUACUACAACUUUCUAAAUGCUACUUUCGAUCUCUGGUGUCUUGAUCACGGUAUCUCCCCCUCUCUUUCCGUAUGACUAAUUAAUUAGUUUUUUAUUCUUCUCAUGCAUAUUUUCAAUAACUCGAAAUGGUUGUAGAUCGAGGGGUAUAAAUUAAUGUUUAAGAAAUAAGUUGUAUAAAAUGUUUUUGUACUGUCUAACAUUAUAUUGUUUUAAGAAAUUAAUAAACCCUCAACUGUAUUAGUUCUC